AUGGGCUGCAAAGCGCCGGUACAGGUCCACGCCUCGGGGUGUCGGGAUGCCAGGAUGCCCGGGGCCCUCUGUGCUCCCCCUAAGUUCCCUUCCCCUGGCCUGAGCCUCCCAGCGCCGUGGGAACUACCUCCCGCUCUCCGUUGCUGGUCCGCAUCCUAGGAACGGCCUGUCACCCUCCCUACCUCGGCAUGUCCCCUCGACCAUGGGACGGGCAUGCGACUCGGGAGCCCAGUGGAGGCGCCCUCCCGAGGCAGUACUACUGCCCAUGCUGACUACCCAGCCCUCUGGCUGCCGAUGUCAUGAGUAACACCACAGUGCCCAAUGCCCCGCAGGCCAGCAGCGACUCCAUGGUGGGCUAUGUGUUGGGGCCCUUCUUCCUCAUCACCCUGGUCGGGGUGGUGGUGGCCGUGGUAAUGUAUGUCCAGAAGAAAAAGCGGGUGGACCGGCUUCGCCAUCACCUGCUCCCUGUGUACAGCUACGACCCUGCUGAGGAGCUGCACGAGGCUGAGCAGGAGCUGCUCUCUGACGUGGGAGACCCCAAGGUGGUCCAUGGCUGGCAGAGUGGCUACCAGCACAAGCGGAUGCCCUUGCUGGACGUCAAGACAUGACUUGAGCCCCGUCCUGGUCUUCAGAACCAUGGGGUCCUGGAACGUCCAGGGCCCUGCAGCCUGCUGCUUCCCCCAGCUCCCCCUCCUGGGUACUGGGUCUCCAUUCCUCCUCCCAUCUGUCCCCAGUCCUAAGCCCUGCAUAGCAGUCAGCCCCCACUGUCACCUCACUCCCUGCUAGGCCUUCAGUCCUUUGUGGGCUGAGCCUACCAGCCACUCCCAGGAGCUAAUGGGAAUUUUUCCUUCUGGGGUGGAAGGGUGGCUGGGAGACAGGGUGGAGCUUUGCCCUUCCACAGGCACCACCUUUCUCUAGCCCUCCCUGACUUGGCUUUGGAGCUGUUCCCAUGGUGACAGGGCCUAAUGUAUAAUAUUCAGUAUAUAUAUUUUGUAAAUAAAAUGU